ACACACACACCAUUUGCAUUAUUCUUCUUUUCUUUUCAUAUCUCAUCUACAUUUAUCCAUCUUCUAUCUUCCUAUUCCUUUCUAUCUCAACUUCUCAACACAACACACGGCAGAGCAGAAGACAGAAGAGGGGAGAGAGAAAGACACACAAAAAGUAAGAGAGAGAAAGGGCCUGUUGUUCUCUUCAAAAAGUUCGCUGCUUCUAGUUCCAGCACUCUUUCUUUGCUUUUAAGUUUUGCAGAGAUAUAAAAAAAUAUUUUUUUUUGAAAAAGCAACACCCUUUUUUUGCUUACUGAUCUUGUUCUCUUUGUCUUCCUUGCCAUCAGGUAAUUUUCUUCACUUCUGCUUUCUCGUAUAGUAUAGCGUGAAAACCCACGUUUUUGUCUGUGAAUUUUUUUUAAAGUUCAUGUUUUUCUUGGGAUUAAGGCAGUGAAAGACGUUGAGAAUUUGAAGAGACUGAUUGAUCUAUUGUGAGAGGGGGAAGAGGAAAAAGUGUAAAGAUAGAUGGGUUAUAUAUGUGAUUUUUGUGGAGAGCAGAGAUCCAUGGUGUACUGCCGUUCUGAUGCUGCGUGCUUAUGUUUGUCUUGUGAUCGGAGUGUGCAUUCUGCUAAUGCCCUUUCCAGGCGUCAUUCACGAACCCUUUUGUGCGAGAGAUGCAAUUCACAAGCUGCCUUUGUGAGGUGUGUUGAGGAGAAAAUUUCAGUGUGUCAGAAUUGUGAUUGGUUGGGUGACGGAGUGUCUACAUCUUGGACACAUAAGAGACAGGGAAUCAGUUGCUACUCCGGCUGCCCUUCAGCCGCGGAACUGUCUUCAAUAUGGUCAUUUGUGUUGGAUAUCCCUUCCAUCAGGGAGUGUACUACAUGCGAGCAAGAACUAGGCUUAAUGAGUAUUAAUGAGAACAGCGAGAGUGUUGGAGUUGCUACCAAUGAAAAAUGCCCUGCAUUAUGUUGUGAAGAUUUUGACAUGGAUGAAGUGGAUCUAAAUAUUGAGAAGUAUGAAGAACUUUUUGGUUCCGAAGAGCUAUUUGAAAACGGCGGAAUUGAUAGUUUGUUUGGGACAAAGGACAUGUCUGCCGAGGUGAAUGCUUGCAGCAACGCAGCAUCUGCAGAUUCGAUUUUGAGUACUAAAACGGAACCGAUUGUUUGUUUUUCUGGGAUUACCGGAGACUAUCAAGACUGCGGGGCUUCUUCUUCCAUGGUUUUGAUGGGAGAACAUCCUUGUCCUGACAAUUCCCUACACUCUGCCAACCGCACCAAUGCUGUCUUGCGUUACAAGGAAAAGAAGAAGGCGCGAAAGUUCGAUAAACAAGUUCGGUAUGCCUCUCGCAAGGCCAGGGCCGACGUCAGAAGGCGUGUCAAGGGCCGCUUUGUGAAAGCCGACUAUGACCCUUUGACCACAACCAGAAGCUGCUGAGAUUACAACUUUUAACCAUGCAUUCUUUCUCCCUCACCCUUCUAACCAUACUUCAAUCUUUCUGAUUUCAUCAUGUAAAGUGCCUCGGUUCAACAUUGUAAAUUCUAUUAUCUCUCUUCUUCUUGCCUUUCACAUCUAUACCACACAAUUUAGAUGUAUAAUUUUUCUCAACUCUUUUCAUGUAAAUACACAAUAUUUGUAUAUUCAAUGUCCCAUGUAUAUAGACUAGGAUACUACGCAGCUUAUAUUCUAUUCAACGUCUACCAAUACACCAUUUCUGUCUCA